AUGUACUAUGUCACAUUAGAAAGUCAGAAAGAAGGACGAAAAAUAAAGAAGAGAGAGAAAGGAGAAAGUGUGGAGGAACGGUUAAAGAGUUGCAAAGUAUGGUCAGAGGAAAAGAUAGCUGUCAGGAAUUAUACAUCAGCUGCUGCUACUCUGCUGGAUUCUACUCAGCUUCAUACCACAUGUUGUCUUCAUUUUGGGAUCACUGCCAAGAUGGCAGCCUUGAUCUGGGAUAUGCCCAAAGAAAACCUUGUGACAAUACUACAUGCUUCUGCUCAGAUGCAUCCAAUGUCAAAGCUGCUUAUAUUCCAUAAGCUGCAACUUGGAGGCUGGAAUUCUGAGGAAGCGGAAGAGAGCAGCGGGCUGAAGCCAGCCUUGCAGACUUGGAACGGCUGGAGGCGGCGAGUGGUCCCUGCCGGGAGCGGGAGGAGGCGGGGCUUGGCGCCCAGCAGGCCAGAGGCUGCGCCCGCCUCCAGCUCCGGCGCGUUGGGAGUCCGAACCUCCGCGGAGGCCGCGCCCGGGACUCCCAGUCCCGCACUCCGGAGCUCAACGGGAGCGUCCUGCUUGCUUAAACCGGUGAGAAAACGAACGGUGAAUGACCCUCGCGCCAGGAUGGGGACGGCAGGACCCCAGGGAGCUGCGAAUCCCACGGACUGCCCUCGCACCCUGGGGCGCGUUGGGACCUCUCCACGCGAGGAGAGCCUUGGGGCGCCUCUGCCUCAGGGAGUCCCUGAUCCCUCGGCGGCUCAGGCGAGCGGAAACCAGGACGGCGCCCACGAGGCACAGUGGGCAGGUGGGGCCGUCGGAUCGCGGGCUGGCGGGAAUGUGGCCUAUGAGUCGUGGGUCAGAGAGAAAGUGCUUUUCCUUCUGCACCCGGAGAGGUGGCUGGGGACUCACGGGGCCUCUGCACCAGAAGAGGUGGCCAUGGAGGAGACCUUCCCUCAGGCGGGCGGAGAUGACCACGAUCAGGAACUCGACUGCCCUUCUGCUCUCUUUCAACGGAAAAAGCGGAUUUCUGGCAGGCGUAUGGCCGCUUCCUCUGGAAACCCGCCGCCGGACCCCGCAGCCCCCCCGAAAUCCGUACUCGUGCGCGUCGUGGAUUAUCAGGUGACACAGGAAGUGCUGUGGACCGCGUGGACUAAGGGUCGCAUGACCACGAGGACGGAGGAGCGCUCCAUGACGGCAGUCACUUUUCGCACUCAUCCGGAGUAAGGCAGAUGGUGGGGCGCCGGGACUCCUGUUGAACCCCGGAAUUUCCGAGGACAGAGAGGCUCCCCAAGUCCUGGCCGCGGACUGGAUGGGUUCACCAACUCCAAGGACCUGAUUCUCUAGGGCGAUUAAACCAGCAGGGGCCCGAGGAAUGUUCCUGCGUGUUGGAUGAACGACGAUCCUUGGAAGAAAAUGUUAUUCCGGAACCCCAAUCUGCAAUUAACCAAGAGAACGAACCUUUUGAGAGGCUGGCGCAGUGCUUCAGGGAGGAAGGCGGUACCCAAGACACUGAAAAACUUAGCUGGACUGAUUUGGAAACCUGAGGAUAAAUGCUUGUCCCGUAAAGUUUAAAACUUGAAAUGCUCUUAAGAGAUCAUCUGGUCCCUUUUGCCUCCUGGCAAGCAAGAUAGGUGUUCAUGAUCCAAGCAGAACCAAAACCUGUGGAGAGCCUGAGGAGUCUUUCUUACUUACAAAUGUCCUGGGAGUGCGUCCAAUGUGAAACAAGCUCCUUUGAUCUUUCCUCUACCUCAAUGGAAACAAACAAACAUCAUCCGGAAUUAUACCAGGUGGAUGGGUCACCUCAAAGACUUCCAGAAGUUACCUAGCCACUCGAGUGACCGUAAGACAAAUGUCACAAAUGUCACAUAACCACAUAGAUCAGGCAAGUGCUGACUUGUCUUAAAACUCUUGUUCACAACCUUCGUCACCUUUGAGAUGUGUUAUACUUGACUUGCUGCUCUUAUUCUUGUUACCACUGCUUGGUGAUAAAAUUCAAUGUAGCUCUUUGCUUUAAGAAAAAAAAAAAAGAAGAAGAAGAAAGGAAGAAAAAAAAAGGAAUCUUUUAAUUAAAAGAAAAACUUGUGCUCACCGCAGAAAAUUUUGAGGCAAUAUUAUUUUUUGUGUGGAAAGAGAAGAGUGGAAUAAAAGCAAAGAUUCACCAUGAA